AUAUGUGUUUAGGAUUGAUGAUCAACCACUCGUCCUCCAGCCAAACUUCUCCCUCUCAGCUUAAUUCAGUUUUGUCGUAGAAUAGAAGAAAAUGGAACAAACCCCACAUGAUUUAUUAGAAGAGUUGGUGAUGGCUCCCAGGAGAUUCCAUGAAACUAAAUUUGCCCUCAGUGAUGAUCACCAGUACUUCCCUAGUACUGGUCAGUGGAGCCAUGACUCGCUCUUGAAUUAUAAUGACAUCUUAGAAUCGAGUAUUUCAUACUCACAACUCAUGAUGCUCACUCCACGGGUAGAGCCACAAGCCACCAGCUUUGUGUCAUGUCCUUCGAGUGAAAUUCAACCAUAUUUCAGUUCUUAUACACCUCCAUUUCAAGUACUGGAUGAAUUAGAACCAACACGUGGUCAUGAAGUCAAUGUUCAUGAUCACUAUAACAGUAGAAAUGAUAUUAGUGUUUAUGAUUUUAAAGAGACAUACAGUUGCAGCUCAUCUAGGAAUGUUAGGGAACUCUCAGCUCCUUCAGAAAUUCCGGUAUUUAGCAUUGGAUCAUUUGAAGACGAUAACAGAGCUAGGAGCAAAGUCAAGAAGCUGGAAGGACAGCCGUCGAAGAAUCUAAUGGCAGAAAGACGGCGAAGGAAGAGACUCAAUGACCGGCUUUCAAUGCUCAGAUCAGUUGUUCCUAGAAUUAGCAAGAUGGACAGAACAUCUAUACUUGGAGACACCUUGGAUUAUAUGAAAGAGCUCCUUGAGAAGAUCAACAAGUUAAAAAUGCAAGACACGCAAGCCAACAGCGAUCAGAAAAAUUCAUUGGGGAACCUGGAGGAGGUAAAUAAGAUUGGUGAAGCCACUGCGAAGAAUACAUCCAGGUUUGAUGUUAGAAGGAAGGAGAAAAGUACAGAGAUCAACAUCUCCUGUGCAGGGAAGCCAGGAAUGGUUUUAUCCACACUGAAUACGAUGGAAUCGUUAGGCCUUGACAUUCAGCAAUGUGUUGUUAGUUGUUUUAACGAUUUUACCUUGGAAGCUUCUUGUUCCGAGGCAGAGGAGCAUCGUAGAUUCAUCAGUGAUGAAGACCUUAGACGAGCAUUAUCAAGAAACGCUGGUUAUGGUGGGAGAUGUUUGUAGCAGAAUUAAUCCAUGACUUUUUGUUCACAGCUUUUUAGUGUAAUACUGUUGUGUCUUUACUUCUUUGUGUUGAGCUAGAUCCAUUCUAAUGUUCCACCACCCAGUACCCAUCUUCUUUAGAUGUGGUGCUCACCAUCUCAAAGACUCUUUCAGCAAACUAUAUUACAACAAAUGUUAUUCGGAAUAAUUGAUUGUGUAUACUUGUCAAUAUACUUAUAUAAAGGAGAAGCGAGGUGCGUGUAGGUGGCGCCUCUCACAUCGCUCCGUUCUAUUUUUCUAAAUUUCUGGAAUUUUUGGAUGUAAUCAAUAUACUUAUAUAAAGGAGAAGCGAGGUGCGUGUAGGUGGCGCCUCUCACAUCGCUCCGUUCUAUUUUUCUAAAUUUCUGGAAUUUUUGGAUGUAAAAUAUCAAAAAUUAGAACUACCUUUUUUAGU